UUCUCUCGACUCCAUUACUCACAAUGACUGAGCCGCGCAAAAGCAAGAGAAAAUGGGAUCAGUUUGUUCAUGUUUCACACAAGGCUGUCCAGACCCAGAUGGAAAUCGACAACUUGGGUAUUGUACUGUUUUAUGUUCUGCUUCCCAAACACAUUUCUUAGUGAGCAUUCUGUUAAACUUUGUUUGUUUUUAUUUCCUCUAUCUCUACAAGGUUUGAACAUGAAGGAUACUACAGCGGAAAAGGAAGAUUUGAGAAAGAUUCAUGUGGGUUUGAUUUUUGUCGUAACUUUUUCAUGCAUCUCCUUUUGGGUAUAAAGUAGAUGAUCAAAUUCAUACUGUAGGCCAAGAUUGUGGAGCAGGAAGAGAUCUUUGUGAAGGAGAGAGCUAAAUGGGAAGCUGAAAACAGGUGUCGAUCGCUACAACAAGAAUGAGUUUUUUAUCAACAGAUGUCGUUGGGAAGCAGAAUAUAAGAAACGACACUUUCAGAGUGUAUAUGAAGAUAGAAGGAAGGAAGGCUGUUAAAGAUGUCCCUUGCUUUUGGGUUACAGCAAUGUAUGCUAACAAGAUAAUCCGUAAGGAGAUUGCAAAGCACGAUGAAGAUGCUCUCGAAUUCCUGAAGGAUAUCAAGUCAUGUAGGACGGAUGAUCUAACAGGAUUCCAGCUGGAAUUCAUGUUUGAUUCUUCCAAUCCUUAUUUCAAAAAUGAGGUCCUCACCAAAAAGUAUGAGCUGAAGGAUGGCGGAGAGUACUGUACAUUCUUGAUGGCAAUUGGGACUGAAAUCAACUGGUAUCCUGGCAAAACCUUGACAGAAAGUAUUGAGAAAAUGACCAUUGGGUCUGAGGUUGUUCAAGUAGCCCAAAACAUGUCAAAGUUUCUUCAACUUCUUUGCUGCGAAAACUCAUCGGACUUCUCUUUGUUUGGAUGAAGAUGCUGAUAAACUCAAAGGCAAUAUUAUUCCCCUGGAUUAUGCAAUCGCGUAUGUAAAUGAAUUCUUUUGGUUGGAUGUGUAAUCCCAUCGUAAAUUGAAAAAGCUCUUCAAAUGCCUUUAAGUUAUUCAUGAUGCAUUGGAGUAUGCAUCUCUUUUUAUUGUGUAGUGAAUGACAUGUUGCUGUUGUGAUCUGUAGUGUCAUACUUAGAGACGAUAUCAUUCCACACGCAAUAUCGUGGAAGAAGCUGCUAUGGAUGAAGAAGAUUAGACAAGAAAAAGUAUACAAUUUUAUCUAAUCUGUUGUCGUUCAUUGUAGUUCUCAUGUUGUUUGGAUUUAUAUCGCAGACCAUUGCUGAUAUGCUUUUUUGAUGAUUUCUCUAGGUUCUGCAGUUGUAUAGGGUUCUAGAGGAGAGAUAGAGAUAGAGUCAAGCGCUUCAUUAUUGUGAAUUCCUAUUACCUAUGUCUAUUAGUACAUUUUAGUUGAUCUCACUUAAUUUCCUAUUAAUCAAUAUCAUAUUUAGUUGUCUUCUGGAACGUAUUUAUGUUAAUGUGCGACUCAUUGAGCUGAUGCUAGAUUAACACCAGAUAUUUAUGACUUGAUCAAAGGGUUUUGGCUUAAAAGCAUUUUAUGUAACAUAACCAGAACAGCAACAUGUGCUGCUAGCUUUGUUUAUGAUCAUUGGUGUGGCUUUAUCAUCACUUUAUGUACUUUUCUGUAUUACUGAAAAUGACAAGUACAUAAGUGCUAGAAGAAUUCACAAAUGUAUCAACAA